CGCUCCAGACCAGAUCCAGGCCACCCCGGGGCGGAGCUGCGCUGUGAACAGCUCGUCACUCGGCCGCUGUGGAUACUCGCUCCGCCGUAACGCACCGCAACCUUUGCCGCAGCUGCUGGCGUCGGAGAACCGCUCACGACUGUGUUUGUUUUUUGUUUCUAUUUUUUAUUUUUGAAGACUGAAGAGGUUUUUUUGGGGGGCUGAUCUGGUUCGCCAUGGGAGCGCAGGGCUCAGUGCAGCAGGACGGGAAGAGCCAGGAGGAUGCGUCGGCUUCAGCCUCAGCCUCCGCGGGGGAGCUGAGCGCGGAGGUGAACGUGAUCCAGGAGGGAGGCAGCGUCCUGGAGAGCAAGUCUUUGCAGAAAAAUGGACAAAUCUCGAGCAUGACCAGUCUGAAUGGACACUCAGAAGACAACACGCUGGCAGAAGUGGGCCAGCCAGAUGGUGUGUCCGUGGCUCAGAAGGAGGAGGCUCCUGAGACUAUGGACGCCAUUCAGGACGAAGUGGCUCCUCAAGUGAACGGCGAGAAAGUGGAGAAAGAGUCUCCUGAUGCCAAUGACAUCUCUGCUGUCGAGGAGAAAGCAGCAGAGGAGAAACCUGGUGAUGCCAGUGAAGUGGGCUUCAAGAAAAUCUUCCGCUUUGUGGGCUUCAAGUUCACACUGAAGAAGGACAAAAGUGAUGAGAAAGAGCCCGUGAAGCUAGUCUUAGUCAAAGAUAAAGAAGGAGAGGAGGUUACUGCGACUGAUGAGCCCACAAAGGAAGAGGAGGCUGCCACUGUUGAGGAGAAGAGCACAGCUGAAGAAAAGGAGGCGGACACAGAGGCAUCUACUGCUGAGGCUGAAGUCAUUCAAGAUGGUGACAAAGCUGAAAUCACUGAUGUUCCAGCUGAAGGCACCGUCACUGAAGCUGCUGAUGAAGCAGUCAAGGAGGAAGGCACUGAGAAGGAGGGAGAGACCCCUCCUCUACCCCAGGAGACCACGGUGUCACCCUUCAGAAAGCUUUUCACAACAGGAAUUUUCUCUAACCUGAGAAAGAAGGCCAGCAUCAAGAAGCCAAAAGAAGAGGAAGACAAGGACGCAGCUGUUGAGGAGGAGCCAGCUAAGGCAGAAGAAACUGCUGCUGCUGCUGCUGCUGUGGAAGAGAAGGAGGAGGAGGAGAAGGAGAUGGAUGAGGUGGAGCAAGAAACCAAGGAGGAAGCACCAGCAACUCCUGAGGAAGAAAAAACAGAGCCCAAGGAGGAGGCCGCUGCAACUCCAGAGGAAGUGAAAUCAGAGCUCACUGUUGAAACCCCUGCUCCUACAGAAAGUACUACUGAAGAGACCAAACAAAAAGAGGAAAAGGUUGAAACAAGUCCAGAAGAGGAGAAGGCUCCAGCAGAGGUGACUUCUGAGGCAGAGCUGCUGUCCUCGCAGGAGAAGGCAAAGCCCCAGGGAAGCCCCCUGAAGAAGCUUUUCACUGGUGCUGGUUUGAAGAAGCUCUCAUCAAAGAAACAGAGGGCCAAGAAAGAUGCUGAGGCGAAGCUCACUGAGUCUGGGGAGCAGGUGGCUGAGCAGCUUCAAUCCUCCACUGAGUCGGCAGAGGCUCCAAAAGCUGAAAGUGGGCCCACGUCUCCCGAGGACUCAGGAGAACAUGUUAUUGCUGCGGAUGUGAGCCAGAAUGAGUCCAGCCAAGAGAAUGAUGGUGAAGUUGGCUCUGAUGGAGAGAAGAAAAAAGACGGUAUCAUUGCCUGGUCCUCCUUCAAGAAACUAGUAACACCCAAGAAGCGUGUGAAAAGGUCAUCUGAGAGUGAAGAUGAAGCCACAGCUGAGAAGCCAACAAAGUCAGCCACCCUCUCCUCCUCUGAGAGCGCAGCGCUAGCAGAUAAGAGUGUUGAAGAGGAGGCUGAGGAAGAUAAGCCAACUGAGGAAGAGCCAAAGACUGACAACGCUGAGAAACUGGUCAGCAGCACCGAGGAGCCCAGAAAGAAGAUGGAUACCUCUGUCUCCUGGGAGGCUCUGAUGUGUAUGGGUGGACCCAAAAAGAGGACAAGGAAGACCUCUGAUUCAGAUGACGAUGAGGAGACCAAGAUUGAAGAGGAAUUGCCAGCAGCAUCUGCAGCACCGGCAGAAGGGGAGCAGGAGGAAAAAACUGAGGAUCCCGUCAUUUCUGAAAGCCCAGAGGGUGAAAAAGAAAUUGUGUCUGCUCCCGAACCUGUAAGCAGCCCCCCUGAGAAAGAGUCUGCCUGGGAAACACUGAAGCGCUAUGUUAUGUCAAAGAACAGGACCAAAGUUGAAGAAAAGUCAGAGGAGUCUGCAGAAAAAGCCCUGUCAGACAGUGAAGCACCAAAAGAAGAGUCAUCUUUCUCUUUGAAGAAGUUCUUGCCUGGACGCAGAAAGAAGAAAGCUGAAAAACAAGUGUCCGCUGAAGAGGUCUCAGGUGAGGAGGACUCUGACACCCCAGCUGUGGUUCCUCUCUCAGAGUAUGACAAGCCAGCUGAAGCUGAAGAGGAAGCACCAGCUGAACCAGCUGCAGUCCAGAUUAAAGUUUCCGCUGAAGAUAGAUCACCUUCAUGGAUCCCAGCUAUUGUGGAAGACACUGAUGACAAACAUGAUGAGUUGAGUGACAUUCCAGAGGAGGCUGAGAAUGCCGCCACGCCAAAGUCUGUUGACACUGACGUAGCAGAAGAUGAAACCGAGGAUGAGGCAAUUGAGCCCCUUGUAAUUCCAAGACUCACAGGACGCCGACUGUCCACAGCUGAGGUGAAGCCUGUCGCUCCUGCUCCAGCUGCUGAAACUACUCCUGUUCCUCAGGGACCCAAGCCGGAGAGGGCAGAGGAGGUUUUUGCAGCCAUAGAGGCCAGUGUCAGUGAAAUUCCAGCCCAGACAUCUGUGACUGUUGAAGAGGUACAACUAGCGGUAGCUUCAGAACAGACUGAGUUUGAACCGCCAACUGAGAAGGCAGAGCCCAAGACAAAUACCAUCUUGCAACCACACACUCGUGAUGAGGCCAUGGCUAUCUGCACUGGCCUUGGAACCAAGGAGAUUGCCAAAGUAGCUCUGGAGAAACCGGCAAUGCCCCUCAUAGAGCAAGUGGCUGUGAUCCGUGAUGCUCUGAGCACAGAGGUGACAAGGGAAGAUAUGCCAUCAAUGACAGAGGAAGCCAUUGCUACUGAAGAUGAAGUGCUGAGGGCGCAAGUGCACCAAGUAGAAACCACCAUGCUUGAGCCUGUUGUUGAAAAUUCACUUGUUGGCACAGUCAACAUUGAGUCAGCAAGUGCGAGCCUUGAACCUGAUGUUGAGAAGGUUGGAAUGGUUAGCACUCUUGUGGAGGCUUCCGAAUUCAUUCAGCCUGCCACUAUGAGCGAGAACUCUCCUAAAGUUAGUCUAAUUGAUCCCAUUAUGCCGACAUCUGAACCAGCUGUUUGCACCCCGAGCAUAGAAGUCACCGAGCCAACUAUACAAACCAAGGAGGUGAUCGUGGAGCAGGUUGCAGCUGCUGCAGAACUCUCCCCUGCAAAAGAGGUGGUUCAGGCCACAUGUGAAACCACGAAGGCUGCCAUCACAAAGGAGACUGAGCCAGCCACCGAAGUUGUAGAACCAAGUGAGGGGGCUCCUAUUAUCACCAAAACAGUGGUCCUCAUGGCCCCAGUCAGUGGGCAGUCUGACCAAGUGGCAGAUGUGUCAGAGUCAGUUGAGGUGGAGGAAAACAAGGAGGAGGGUACAGUUGCAGAUGCUGUGGAGGCCACUACCGUCCAAACAGACCAGGAGAGUGUGAAGAUGGAGGAAGUCAAGGGGGACAUUCAGCAAGCCGGUGAAAUUGAGGCUCAGAGCAUGGUCAUUGCCCAGGCUGUCAUUCAAGAUGCCAUGGAUAAAGUGUCAGAAGAACCCAAAAAGCCAACCACCCCAACAACCCACAUCCCAGUACCAGUCCAGGCUGUAGCAACAACAGAGAAAGAGAUUGAGCUUGCAACAGAGCAACCCAUUAUCACCGAUACCGCUGCUACUAUCACAUGCGAAAAAACAGCGCCAAAGCCAUUGUGUGUCGCCAUGGAGCUCAUCGACGCAGUCCCAGUAGAAACUACAGAGAGCAUUGAUGCGCCUGAAAUGGAGGAGAAGAAACCAGAAGAUGGUUUGAAGAAAGCUGUGGAGGUAAAUGUAAGUGAAGAAAUUGUUGUAGUGGACGAAGUGGUGGAGAUAAAGGCCGAGAGCGAGACAGGUGAAGAGCCUGAAGAAGUCAAGGAAGGAGACACAGAGGUUCAGGAACCGGAAGUAAAAGAAGCAACUGAGGAAGAGAAAGUGCGUGAGAUUCACAUGCCAGUCCAAGUGGUCCUGCAGACAGCAACGGUGCUCGAGGAACCGUUGGUGGAAGAAGAGGCUGUGGAAGAGUUUGACGGCAACAGUCCUGUGGUGGAAGAAUCCAGCGUAAAAGCAAAAAGCCCUGCAAGUGAAAGUAAACUCUCUACGGUGUCAGAAGAACCUCAAGCAUCAUCGGAGGCCACAGACGCAGCAGCCAGUGAACCAGAGACAGAGAAAACGUCGUCGGUGAAGUGUGCGGAGGUGAUGGCGCAGGUGAUCGAGGUGAUCGAGGAGGCUGUGAAGGAGAUCGAGCCUGUGUCCACAGAGAUCACAGCAGCGUCAUGAGCAGCUUGAAGAUACACGACUGAUGCCUGGGAGACACACUGUCUGGACCAGGAAGUGAGUGAUGAGGGAGAGAGGGAGAGAGAGAGAGAGAGAGAGGAAGAGGCAGCUCUAUGCUAACACACUGAGACUGGGCUCCACCCAUCCCGCCCAGAGAGACUGACUGAGACUCCAACCCCAUCCUGCAGCCCAACGUGACGUCCCACCGCCAUAUCCUCACCCACUCACUCACUCUCACACACGCGCACACACACACUAAAGCAUGGCAUCCCAUCUGGCUUGUAAUCAGUGUGAUGUACGUUCAGCGUCUCAGUGACUUUCCAUUGCCCUUGCCGCAUCAGAUGAAGGUCUGCAACCUGGCCGAGUGUGAAUCCGUUCAUAUGUGUGUGCGUUUGCAUGUGUGUAGUAGCGAGAGUGAGAUGAUGCCGGAAGGUGAAGAGAUGGAGGAUUAUUAUCUUGUAUAUUGUAUUUAUAUCUUGAGUAUUCUUUCAUUUCCCAUAAGUGUUUAUUUGUUCAGUUUUUGCCCUAUUUUUGUUACUGUAUGGAAAAUUGUUGCCUGUUUUUGAAACUUCCCGGAUUAGGCUGUGAUACAUCGGGUAUUCUUCUGAGCAACAAUAUGACAGUCAAUUGAACAGUUGAUGCCAUCUAAAAUUUUCCAAACUGCUGCAUAUAUAUCUGACCGGUGUAUCACAGCUUUUAUCGUCAUAUUCAGUGAUUAUUUUCAAGACUGUAGCAAUUAUAACUAAAACCAUGGUACAAGUGUGAAUCCACAGUAAGCGGAAUAAACGCUUACUGGAGAAAACAACAGGAGGGCAGAGAGGUGAUGAUGAUGAUGAUAUCAAAUGCACCACAUUUGACUCUUGACACAUGUCUUGUCACUCUGCACCCAAUCAAAAUACUUAAUAAGCUUCAUGUAGAUAAGACAAAACGAAAUCACUGCCUGAUUUACUGUGAAAAAGACAUUGUUACACAUUGUUUCAUGUAAUAAAUACAAUAAAUACUAUUAUAACACCCUCAUCCGAUCAUGUGGCAGAGGUGUUUGGUAAACAGUGAUGUAUAAAAGGAUGCUGGAAGCUAUAAGAAACACUUGAAGAGCAAAUCAUGUUCACCGUGUUUAAUAAUGGCCAUGUUCUCUGAGUUUGUGUGUGACAUACUGUAUGUAUUACGCGUGUAGCAGUUUUAACACCGUCCUCAAUACACUAUAUUUAUAUUCAAGAUGAAAAGACAGUAUGCUGACGCCCCCUGUUGCCUACAAAAAGUAGUGAACCCUUUACUGUUCACCCACUGACUGUAUGUUUUAACAAGGGUGAUACACUUUGUUCAGUCCAGUCUCAUGGUGCCUGCUCCCGUGUUGUGUUUGUUCACCCAGCAUGAUAGCUCAGGUUCAUUAAUCUGGCACCAUGGAGGAUUUAAACUCACCGGUUGGGGAUAUAGAGAGGCACAGACACCAACUGCAUGGUACCAGAAGCCAAAACAAAAGCUCAUUUUAUUCUUAAUUUCAAAGCCAAAUUGAGUUAAGAUCAGUCAGGGGGUCAUGGUCUUUCCAUUUCUCAUGGGAUAAGACAUCAGUUGCAUCCAAUUAAACUCCUCCAGCAUCCUCAGCUACUUUGAGUCACGUAAGCAAUAAGGUCAGGGCUUUUUUUGCUAGUCUAUUGGCAGAGUAGGAGUUUUCCUUUUAGCAGGGUGGAAUAACUUAAACAUUCCUCUGAUCCACUUUUAGCACCAAAGCAAACAUGUGACUAUGGGUUACACUGGUAUUUGUUCAUUUCCUACCAAAUUUUGCAAAGCUUGCACUGUGUCAAUCAUCCAGAUAUCACAAGGAUUAACUGCGAGGGCUCCUGCAAUCCAUCAAGCAGCUCACAUUUCACUCAGCUUUAUGACCAAAUGAGAGAAAUAUCAGGGAGUACGGACCCCUGUUAAGGUCACUGCUUCCCUUUACUUUGACUCCAGAAGGUGUGUCACAUCCAUACUCGGCUUUAUAUCAAUAUUAAAUAGAGUGAACUAAAGACUUUUGCUGUUGUUGCCUAAUGUAAAGCAUUUAGCUGGGGCACCGGCCCACUCAGUCCUCCCUGCUUUUUGUAACACACUUAACUGUGAACCUGUUAACAUUUGUACAGAUUGUUUACCUACUGUAUGUACUUAAAAACCAUAUUGUUGUAAUAUUAACUCAUAACCUGCAGCCAUUUAGCCUAAUAUCCAUGUAGCAUGGUCUUAGCUGUCUUUUGUAUUUCCCAAGCUGUUAAUAGUAAGGAUACAGAAACUUGUCUAUAUUUCAUUCAAUAAAGUUAGAGAAAAUUGG